GCGUGAGUCAUUUUAUUGUGAAAAUUUUGUAGGCCUCAUACCUCAAGUUCCAUUCCACCGAGAGAGAGAGAGAAAGAGAGAGAGAGAGAUGGAUCCAAUGCCAAAACAGACCAUAGAGCACUUCACCCAUCCAGGCCAUCAGCUGGAACAAAUCUAUGCCAAGACAGAGUACACUUGUGAUGGCUGCAAGACCCACGGACAGGGGUCGAGGUAUCAGUGCAACAGCAAAUCAUGCUGCUAUGUUUUGCAUGACUACUGUGGCACAUGCCCUCCAAGCCUCUCCUCUUUCAUGCACCCACAGCACCCACUCACUCUGGUGGUCCGCAAUCCACAACAAUCCACCCGCCAGAAUGACCGCUAUUGCGAUGUGUGUCGUGAACCAGUAGAAGGGCUCUUCUACAGGUGUAAGGAUUGUGACUUCGAUGUCCACCCUCUUUGCACCCAAUUGCCUCGACAACUCCGCCAUGCGCUCGACCACUCCCAUCUCUUGACCUUCGAGGCACCCGUGUUGCCUAGUCCUUGUUCUGUUUGUGGCGCCGUGUGCUCUUCUUGGCGCUACAGGUGUGGGGUUUGUGGCUUGGAUAUUCAUCUCGAGUGCCUCUUAAAACCAUGUGUUCCGCCAACACAACAACGGUCAGUCCGACCAUCGGGUCCAAAUCCAAAUCAUCCUCCGCCAUAUCCACUGCGACCGCCACCGCCACUGCCUUAUGGUCAUCCUCCGCCAUAUCCACUGCCACCGCCAUUGCCUUAUGGUCAUCCUCCGCCAUAUCCACUGCCUCCGCCACUGCCUUAUGGUCAUCCUCCGCAAUAUCCACUGCCACCGCCAUCGCCUUAUGGUCAUCCUCCGCCAUAUCCACUGCCACCGCCUUAUGGUCAUCCUCUGCCAUAUCCACUGCCACCGCCUUAUGGUCAUCCUCCGCCAUAUCCAAUGUCACCGCCUUAUGGUCAUCCUCAACCGUAUCAACCGCCAAAGCUUUGUGGUUAUGGUAAUGGUUCUGGUUAUGCUGAUGGGGUUCCUUCUGGUUAUGGUUAUGGUAAUGGUUCUGGGGUUCCUUCUGGUCAUAGUGAUAAUUAUAACAUAUACAACAAUGGGAACCAGGCUCAAGGACAUGGUGAAACAUUUAAGAAGUUUGGUAAACGGAUGUUUUUACUUGUAGCGCAGCUAACUCUUGGAGUGGUCUCUAAUGGGAUAUUUGGACUGGCUUUCCCUUUUUGA